CCUGUGGAAUUGUGGGACAGCUGCGUCUGCUUUGGUUCGCGUCGUCUGUUGUACAGCCUGCAAACGCCGUGCGCCAAACAAGUUGGUUGGUUGUUAGUGUCGCCUUCUGGCUCUAGAAAGGGUUUCCUUUGGAUUUUUGGGACGGAUUGCUAAAAGUGCGACGGAAUUUACAGUACAUUACAAUCAAGAUCUUCCGCAGGACGGUCUUGCACGUGACCCUGCAAUGUAACUGAAGAGACAGGUCCUGCGGGAUGACGACGAAAGACACAGACCAGGACUAGCCAACCUCUGUUCCGCUUCAUUCACACCACACACACAAUGGACAUCGACGAAGCAAUCUACUGCACGUCCGAGAUCAUCAAGUACUCCCAGAAAUCCGGCAUAGAUAAGAUCACCACCAAAUACGACACCGUGGGUUCACUCGCCAAGGAUCUGGACGACACCGGCCGUUUGGGAGAGUACGAGGUAGACCAGGUGGAAGCGUGCUUCAAGAGCCACAAGACCUUCGUCUAUGCGUGUCGCUGCCUCGCCAACCUCUACAUGACGAACGUAGAUUCUAGUGGACACCCCGACAAGUGGGACUUGGCCAGGACUGGUGUCCCCGUGCUGAUCCUCGACAAAGGUGAGACAAGGGCCAGGACGAGACGUAUGGUCCACAUCGUACUCGCAGAACGGGGCACAGGGUUCGCCCUCUGGAAAGACAUCAUCGACAACCUGAGCAGCUACCAAAAGCCUGCUGUCACUUUUCACACGAUGCACCUGUCGUCGGAUCAUCGAAGGAUGGCUGGUCUCAGCUUUGACGUCGCUGACGCAGCGCAAGAGUUCUGGGACAAAGUGGAAGAACUGACGUCGGAUCCGCUGAAUAUCAGCCUCUCCGUGCCGAAGAGCAACCAGAAGGGACUGAAGAAAAGGAAGAGCAAGGAUGAUAAGAGGAAAUCAUUGCCGAGGAAGAGCGAUAUCUCUUUACCGUGCUGCUUCCAGCAUGUCACCAGCGUGGGGAGCUCGGACAAGGAGCGGUUCUAUUCGCUGUCCAUGUUGGGACCGGAGACUGAGAUCGACUGAGUGGGUUUGUGCCAGCGUUACGUUGUGUGGCGGCAGUCGGGAUUGCUUUUCUUUUAAAGUCGAGUCAACGAACGACAAGAGUGCUUUGUGGCCUUUGAAAGUGUCGCUUUUAGGAAUAUGUGUUGCCCAGGAGGACAACUCCUUCAGCAACGUCAUGGAAGUGACACAUGGCCAGUGAAUGUGACGCUGCGAUUAACUUUCUAUUGCACAAUUAAGUGGAAGCUGACGUUUGCAAAGCGAAUACAAACUUGGUGUCAAUGUGCAUAUACUUCGAGGUUGUUUUAGACUGAUCCGCCGCGUCUAUAGUAUUGCCGAAUCUGAUUGGUCCUUGUGAGGAAUGUUGCGUACAUUUUGUUUUCUUUGUGUUUUAAAAGACUAUAAUCAUCGGACAUCAGCUCUGGGAUUAGUAAUAGUAGGAAUUUCAUUCACAAAAGGAUCCAUGAAUGGUAUACUAUGUAGGGUACUUAACACGUGUAAUGUUGAGCAGAAUCACUCAAAUUUUUAUCAGCCGUUCAUGAUCAGAAGCGUUGUCAUACAGUUUAUCUUGCUGGCAGCUGCAUGUGUAAAUAUAUCUAUGACGUGCCUUUUUUCCCACAUGGAAGUGUGACGUGGUAUCGCCGAUUUUGUUUACCUGUACAUUCUUGUAUGUGCAUAAAUUUUAUAGUACGUCCCUGC